UAAAAUAAAAUAAAAAAACAAGUUUUGACAGUUGGUGUUUUGCUUUUUUUAUUUGAUUACCAUUUUCUAAAAGUAUAUACGUUUCUACGUUCAAAAUCCACUUGCAUUCGCAGAAUGAAUGAUAAUCAGUUUGGCGAGAUCAUCAAUCUAAACGUUGGUGGAAAGCGAUUUAGUACUUCCCGACAAACGUUAACAUGGAUUCCAGACACUUUCUUUACCUCACUUUUGAGUGGCAGGAUAAGCACCCUUGUGGAUGACAGGGGAUCCAUUUUCAUUGAUAGAGACCCCACUCUGUUCACUCAUGUCCUGAAUUACCUUCGUACAAAAGAAAUUCAUCUUCCUGAAACAGUUGGAAUGAGGGGUCUUGUACAUGAAGCUGAGUUCUAUGGAAUCACUCCCCUCACUCAACAGUUGAAAUUAGUCCAAGAGUUAGAGCAUUCCUCUUGUGGCAAUGUACUUUAUUAUGGAUGCUUAAAUCCACCAAGUGUUCCAUUUCCAGACGUAAGAAGUAGUAAAGAUGUAGAAGCAAGUGUUGCAGGUGAAGGAUUGCAACACAACUGUAAUACACCAAGACAGUCUGCUGUAGAUCUCAGAACGUUAGUGCCACCAAGAGGCAGCAGUAGUUCAAGAAAUGGCCAUGUUGUGAUGAACAGGACGCAUUCCCGUUCAUCGUCUCUUGAUUUGCGAUGGAACUCACUACGGAGACAAGAGGGAGGAUUAGGAGUCGGUUCCCACAAUCAUUUGGCGGCGUGGUUUGGAGGCUUACAUGUUCGAUCUUCCAUCGAUCCACUACGAGUAAAUCUGAUUAAAGCCCACCAUAACUGGAUCUUGAUUGCCUACGCCCAUAUGAUCACCUGUCACAAAUUUAAAGACGCUGGUGGUUGGCACCUUGUCUUCACCAGUCCUUGGAUGGAUAAUCAUAUUGACCGGGUGGCUUUAAAUGCGAGGAUGACAAGUAGUGGGGGUCAAAAUCAGAAUCCUAAUUCUUCGUCGGAAACAAAAAUGGUUGCUUUGGCUUCGGGGACCACAAUUCGACUAUGGGCAAUCACCGAUGAUGGCCAGCGCAAUGAUAUAGGAACCUUCAACAUGCAUGUCUCGGUAGAAUCUCUGUUUUUCAUUGGUAGCCAAUUGGUGGCUCUUUCUCGUCCACCCGUCGGCAAAAUUGGAGUCUGGCACUCUAUGACUCAGCAUUGGCAAAUCCAAGACGUCACACCAGUUUCUUCAUUCGAUACAGCUGGAUCUUUACUUCUUCUAGGAUGCAGCAACGGGUCCAUCUGUUACAUAGACAUGCAGAAAUUCCCGCUGAGAAUGAAGGAUAAUGAUCUGCUUGUAACUGAAUUGUAUCGCAAUCCAACGCCAGAGGCCAUCACUUCCAUUUCAGUUUAUCUGACUCCUAAAACGAAUCACACGGGCAUGUGCGGCAAUUGGAUUGAAAUUGCCUACGGGACUAGUUCAGGAGCCGUGAGAGUAAUAGUACAGCAUCCCGAAACGGUGGGUCAUGGACCCCAACUGUUUCAGACAUUCACCGUACAUCGUUCGCCUGUCAAUAAAGUCAGGCUUUCUGAAAAAUAUUUAGUCUCCGUCUGUAGUGAGUAUAAUCACGUCCGGACAUGGAGCGUCACACGCUUCAGAGGGAUGAUUUCUACUCAACCCGGAUCCACGCCGGUUUCUUCUUUUAAAGUUCUCUCGCUGGACGAGUACGACGGUUACUCAAGUGGGCUCAAUCCGUCACGGAGCGACUGCGGGCCGUAUGGAGAGCAAGACGACGAGCAGUUAUUCGUUCAACAGAUUGUACCGGACAGCGACGAACUCUACGUUCGUUUAGCAUCAACUGGGAAACGGGUUUGUGUCAUAAAAUCCGUUGACGGGACGAUUAUCACAUCCUUUUGUGUUCACGAGUGCGAAGGAUCUAGCCGAAUGGGAUCACGUCCCCGCCGAGUUCUUUUUACCGGCCACUCGAACGGUGUCGUCCAGAUUUGGGAUCUAAGUACGGCGCUCGAUCUGUCGAAUCGUGGAGAGCCACCGCAAGUGGGCGGUCCGACUCCGAUUGAAUUGGUUCGUGCUUUGGAACAAUGUGAAGUGGUGGCGUCUCGUGGAUCUACUCCAGCUCCCACUCCCGGCCUAUCUUCAGCUUUCUUCCACGGCCACUCCAGAGUAAAGGCAGCCAACGUCCCUCUUCUUCUGCAGUUACAACGUCCCAAUAACGAUGCUCACAAUGAAGUGAAUGAAUCAGAGGGUCACCCGGUCCCCACUGGGUGUGAUGGCGACAAUUAAUGCUAAAUUUUCAACACCUUCCACUCGGUAAUUGAUUUACGACUUAGAAUCUCUAACUUGAAUUCACUCAUUAAUUUGGCACGUAGCUCCAACAGUCACUUCUGUCAGAAUUUAGGUUAGAAAAUAGUAUGCAAAUUUCGGAUCAAUUUUCUUCCCUCCUUGUUGCAGUACUCAGAAAAGUCCUUUGGUCCCGAGCUUUCUGACUGAUAUUGUCCUUUUGCUUCCAUCUCCAUCUUUCGAUUAAUUUAGCCUCCACAGACGCCAUCAGAACGCGCAUGGUGGUUAAAUAUGGAAAACUUAUUACGUGAAGGGCUGUCUGUCUAUCCCACCGCAUUCUUGAUGUGUGUCUCAACGUUCCAGGGUUGAACAAUUCAUUUCAUUAAAGCGAUCCUACUGUAAGAAAGGAGCAUAUAGGGUUUCUAAGUCCCCCACUGUCGAAUGCACUUUUUGUCUUCCAAGUGAAAGUUACGAUUGUUUCUCUUAAGCCUGUCUUUCAUGAUAUUGUUAUGAGACAGUUUAAUGAACGCUCUUAGUCGUUAUUUUUGUAAUCCUUCAUCUGCUUUUAUUUUAGUCAUUUGUAUUUGAAAUGACUGUUUGAAAUUUGCCUCAAAAAUGAAAAUCAUUAAAGAUUAGAUACCG